UGAUCCCACCGGGCAGACAUGUUCUCUGCUUUCCUCCUGCAGCCCAACCUUCACAACUCCCUUUUCUUGUAACUUAUUUGCCUGUCUGGACCAUACAUAGGCAACAUGAAGUUUGAUUUGUUAGCCGAGUUACUCCUUCUUCUACUACUGGUGACCGGGACAUUGACUCAGGACGGAUUUGACUUGUCUGAUGCCCUUGAUGACGUAGAUCCAACACCAGCAAAACCCAAAGAGCAACCCAAAGUCCCAGCGAAGCCUAAAGAUGAUGAAUUAGACCUUUUUGAAGCCUUAGGACCAGAUGAACCGAAGAAACCCAAUAAACCGAAACCUAAGCCCGGAGGAUCUGAUGGCUUUGGAUUUGACCUGGAGGAUGCUGUCCAUCCAGACCCAAAUGAAAAGCCAGACAAGCCUGCAAUCGACACACCAAAGCGUGGUGGCGGUGGUGGUGGUGGUUCCUUUGAUGAUAAAGACCUGUUUGACUUAGGCGGUGGAGACUACAAGCCUGACAGGGGAGGUCGUGCUGACCAGCCUCAUGGUGGCGGUGGUAGUGAUCAGCCUCAAGACCCAGACCUACUGUGGGGCCAAGUCCUGAAGAUGCUAAUUGCUAACAUGCCGGAGGAAUUCUUUUUGUGGAUGUCCAAUAUAAGACAGACCUUAGAGAGGAUCUUGGAACUGAUGCAGACUGUGGCCUGAUUGUACGGAUUAGUCAAGAUUUUCUUUUUGCAAAGGUUCUUGGUACUUUAUUCUGAUACGGGUGUCCAAGGGAGAUCCAGAUGUAAGUGGACUUGGUUCUAUAUUCUGGAGGUAAUAUCUUCUUUUUAUUGUUUGACAUUGGUCUUCUUAGCAGACGAGCACAAGUCACAAGACAAAACUGCUGACCGCCUCUUGGGUUUUCCUCCUCACAGUUCUCAUUUUUACAAUUGUCUCCUGAAUGUGGCGUUCACAGUGUCGUUUUUUUGAAUGAACACUCCAUAACUGCUGUGGAAAUUGGUUGAGUGUGUUGCAUUUGUAGUCCUGUUGCUUAUGCAGACAUUCAAGUGUACCGCGUAUCGGUCAGUGUUUUUGUGUUAAAAUUGGUGUCAUUUAUCAGUUUUGAUGACGCUGCAAAUUUGUCUCCACGAGUUGCAUGUGGUAAAAAUGAAAGAGUGAUGGCAAAUUAAUAAAACGAGGAUUGGGUGCAGAAGUCUGAAUUUAUUUCGGGAGAUAUUUUGUGCACAGGCUCAAAAUGAUACAGACCGGAAGAAAUACUAGAUAAAGUACAUUCUCACAAUCACAAUCUAAUAUUGCGUUACCAUCAACAAACAUUUGGUGUACUUCAACCUCGGUAUUGGUUUAAUCAAACACUUUAUAUGGUAAUGGUAAUGGUUUUAUUUUUUUUUACCAGAAAAGUGCAUUCGAAGCAAGUUGGAAAAAAACUGAAAAAAACGACAUACUAACCCUUGUGUUUUUUGUCAAAAAUCACCAAAUUAAACACUGGCAUUUUAUGCCGUUUUUGGAUGCUUCUGGGGUCCCUGAUGAGCGUGUGUGAGGUUUCCCUUGUUUUUUUGACCAGAAAAGUGCAUCAGAAGCAAGUUGGAAAAAAACUGAAAAAAACGACAUAACUUACGUUUUUUUGUCAAAAAUCACCGCCCUCAAACUCUGGCAUUUUAUGCCAUUUUUUGAUGCUUCUGGGGCCCUGAUGAGCGUGUGCGAGGUUUCCCCUGUUGUUUGGACCAGAAAAGUGCAUCAGAAGCAAGUUGAAAAAAACUGAAAAAAACGACAUACGUUUUUUGUCAAAAAACACGCCCUCAAACUCUGGCAUUUUAUGCCAUUUUUGGGUUCAUCUGGGGCCCCUGAUGAGCAUGUGUGUGGUUUUCCCCUGUUUUUUGACCAGAAAAGUGCUUUAAUUUAAUUUAAUUUAUUUUAUUUUGAUAUGAGCAUCCAAUGACAUAAUGGGUACAUAUACUAUAUAUAUAUAUAUAGCACAU